AUGGGGGGUCUCUGCUCGAAGGUCUCAGCUGUAGACAAGUCACGGAGCGACACCGCGCUUGGCCGGAACCAGGUCGCCGAUCAUGAGCCCGGGGUGUCGUUGGAGUUGGAGAAGCCGCCGGUGUCCGGAGAGGCAGCUGCGCAGGCAAAGCGGCUGGACGAGCAGCAGCAGCAGCAGUCUUUCUCGUUCCUGGAGAGCGUCGUCCCUGGGGUUGCUUUUCAUGCCGGGGCUAACGCCGGCGGCGAAACGGGGUCCAGGACCUCGCCGCAGCUGACCAGGUCGCUGUCGCAGAGGGCUGGUCUGGGCAAGGCAAAAGCCGGUGCUGCCAAGGUUUCAGAAGUGAGCUCAAUUUUAGGUAGAGCUAGAACUGUUGGGCUUGAAAAGGCAGUGGAGGUUCUAGACACACUCGGCAGUAGCAUGACAGGUUUAAAUUCUAGCAGUGGUUUUGUGUCAAGUUCUGCAGCAAAGGGAAACAAAAUAGCCAUGCUGGCUUUUGAGGUGGCAAAUACUAUAGUUAAAGGCUCUAAUCUGAUGCGUUCUCUAUCGGAGCCUAGCAUAAAGCAUCUGAAGGAGGUGGUGCUUCAUUCAGAAGGUGUUCAACACCUUAUAUCGAAAGAUUUUGAUGAACUGCUCAAGAUGGCAGCUGCUGACAAAAGGGAAGAGUUAGAAGUAUUCACAAAAGAGGUUGUUCGCUUUGGAAACCGUUGCAAGGAUCCUCAGUGGCAUAAUUUGGACCGCUACUUUGAAAAGCUGGCAUCCGAACGAACACCACAAAGUCAUCUGAAAAGAGAAGCAGAAUCAGUGAUGCAGAAGCUGGUCACUUCGGUUCAAAAUACAGUUGAAUUAUAUCAUGAAUUGCAUGCUUUGGAUAGAUUUGAACAUGAUUACCGUCUUAAACAGAGAGAACAGGAUAGCUUGAGUUCAAGAGGAGACAGUCUGGAUAUACUGAAGCAGGAAGUGAAGGUUCAGAGUAAUCACGUUAAGAGUUUGAAAAAGAAAUCACUUUGGUGCAAGAAUUUGGAAGAGGUGAUGAUAAAGCUUGUAGAUAUUGUCCACUUCUUACAUUUGGAGAUGUACAACGCCUUCGGUCGUCCUGACAGUGAAGAGCCACAAGAAACUGCCAAACACCAUAAUAGAUUGGGACCAGCAGGCCUCGCAUUGCAUUACGCUAAUAUCAUCAAUCAUAUUGACAAUAUGGUCUCUCGAUCAUGUGCAAUGCCUCCAAACGCAAGGGAUACGUUAUAUCAUAGUUUACCACCUACCGUCAAAUCUGCUCUCCAUUCUAAGCUACAAUCUUUUGAAGUCAAGGAAGAGCUUACAGCUUCUCGGAUCAAAGCAGAAAUGGAGAAGAUUUUGCGAUGGCUUGUCCCUUUUGCUAGUUACACAAAUAAGGCACACCAUGGCUUCGGUUGGGUUGGAGAGUGGGCAAAUACAGGAUCUGAAUUAAACUGCAAGCUAUCAGGGCAGAUGGACAUGUCCCGAAUUGAGACACUGUAUCAUGCUGACAAGGAGAAGACUGAAGCACUUAUCCUGGAGCUGGUUGUGUGGCUUCAUCAUCUUAUCAGUAAAUCAAGAAACGCUAGUGGAGGUGUAAGGUCUCCCAUCAAAUCUCCAGUCAGCUCACCAACACAAAAGGGUGCUGCAAUCAAACCGUUGCCAGGCAAAACAAACAAUUCACCACCGAUUCUCACCCAAGAGGAUCAGGAUAUGCUAAGGGAUGUUAAGUACAGGAAAUUUGUCCCAGGAAUAAGCAAAAGUCAAGAGUUUGACACAAAGUCAAGUCACAGCAAACAGAGUAGGUUGAGCAAGAGCAACAGCCACUCUCCAGCCAGUGGCAACAGGAAAGACUUGCUCCCAGUUAGGAGGCCUUCCAUGCUUCCAGUUAUUGACUUCGAGAUUGACAGGACCAAAGCUUUAGAUCUAAUUGACAGGCUUGACAACCUAAAAAUACAAUGA